GCCGUUUCUUGUUGUCAAUAUCAUUCAUUAAUGAUGGAUUUUCGAGGGAUUUUCAUUGGAUUGGAUCAUGGAAGUUGAAGCAGUGUUGUGAAAAAAAUUGGAAAAAAAAACAAAUUUGAAGUCUAAACUCUGUCAUUCUAUACUCUAGACUCUGGCUUUGACUUUGAUUGGUGAAAUGAAUGCUGUUCUCGUUCUGUCUGCUCGCUCUGCCCCACAGAGUACUUUCUAUAUAUAAUCUCUGCCCUCAUGAGAAUAAUAGAAGCAACUCUAAUUAAUAAUUAAUAGUGUAAGCAAGAACAAAAGGUGGCCACAGGUUCUUUUACUGGGAAAGGCAAUAAUUUAAAUGUACCUACUUAGUAUCAAAGCUUAAAUGAAUAAUAACAGUGCAAAGAAACUCUGGUAUGGGCAGGUAUGGACUGAAGGAUGUCAGAGAUGGAACAACUUAUGAAUUCAACACAACAUCAUGUGCCAAAGGUGAUGAAGGGGUAGAUGAAGUUGAUAAUGUGAUGAGCAAAUUUUCUAAACCAUCUUCACCAUUAAGGGUGAACAAUAAAAGUCCACCUAGAAGAAAUUCUUUAAGUUUCGAAACUAGACUUGAUCCUGCAGUUUCUGAUGAUGAGUCAGACAUCAGUGGUGAGUUUGGAAACUGGUCUGUACACAGCGAUGUAAACAAUCAUUCCUGGAAUCAGAGAAUACCGGAAAAUACAAGAAAUACAUAUAGUCAUGAAGAUAAUUCACCUCGAAUACCUACGCCAAAGGAUGGUCAAGAAAAAUCACAAAACGGAAAGAAAUCUUCAAAGUCCGUUUUAUUUUUUCCCGCCGCAGCAUUAAUUACUAUUUUAGCGACAUUAUAUAGUGAUUUACUAGUUAAAAGUCAACAAAGAAACAGUAUUAUUUAUGAUGAGUCUGGAUUCCAUACUGAUCUCAGUGAUUUGGGGAGAAAAUAUAAAGUCACAGAUAACACUAUACUACAAGUGCAAACUGGUAUCUCAACUAUUUACAAGAGGCAAGAUGCUGGCUCUUUCGUAUUUGCAUACAAUAGCAAUUCUGAUCAAUAUGAUCCAGUGCAGUUCAAUAAGUUUAUGAACGAGAUAGCUGCCAGUACCGCCAGAUAUUUACGUAAUGAUAGUAAAUCAGUCACACACAUAGUUUUAGAUAGCUCAGCUUUUGAUAUGGAGUCGCACAGCGAGCUAAUCAAUAAGUACAAAGAUGACAUCGACAAAUCCGGAGUCAUGCUUGUGAAGGAACUUGACAUGGUGCCCUCAAAACUUGCCAUGGCUUUCCAUUAUUAUUGUGAUGAAUACAAUCCGCUGGUCAAAAGGAGUGCAAUAUUUUUUACAUUGAACAUGGCAAAGUGCACUGAAACAACAUCAGGUUUAACAUCCAUAUUUUCUCAGAUUGAAAAAUGUCUGAAGAAAAAAUGGAAUGGAGGUGUUCCUCAGGACAACAUAGGACCUCUACUAACAAGAGUCGUAGCCAGUGUCGUCGAUAUCACUCGUAUUUAAUAUUACGUAAAUAUAAUAAUUAUGAUCAGAUUUUAAAAAAUCAUUACAAAUUUACAAUGUUUACAAUUUAUUAAUUUUAUUAAUUACCAUAUUUAUGUAAUAGCUGUUGCUCGCGGCUCCGCCCGCAAAAAGUAGCCUAUUAACAAUUUGGAAUAGAUAUAAUCCAGUGGCCCUAAGCCAAACAUAGGCUAAUACGGGCGAAACUGCCAGCAACAGCUGGUAAUUUUAUACUGAUGUGAUAAUAUGCGAACAUGGCAUCAGCUCCUAGAAUUUUUUACUCAUAUAUAUAUAGUGUAGUGUGGAUUAUGUAGAAGUAAAAUGUCAACAUUAAUAAAGUCUAUAAUUUUUUA